AGCCAAGUGAGACAGAAGCUGGCAGAUGGCAUCUGAUCACUUCCUGUGAACACAUUAGAAGAGAGGGAGAAGAGCUACUUAAGCUAAGCAACAGUUCUGGCAGAACAAAUGCCUAUAAAUAGAAGGGGAUAAGUUUGAGAUGGAAAUUCAAAGAAAGUUUCUUCUCAUCAACUGUUGAACAGUUGAGCAGUCUUCCAAGAUGAGUCAAGGUUGAGAAAGACCUGGUACAUAAGGUUGCCAGAUGGAUGCCAGAGACAAGCAGCUUUUACGCUCCCUGCGCCUGGAGCUCUGCACAGAAGUGCUGGUGGAUGGACUUGUUAUUCAGUAUCUCUACCAAGAGGGGAUUCUCACGGACAGUCAUGUUCAAGAAAUAAAAGCCCAAACCACUAGCCAGAGGAAGACCAUGAUGCUCCUUGAUAUUCUCCCUACUAGAGGACCCAAAGCUUUUGAUGCAUUCUUGGAUUCCUUACAGGAGUUCCCGUGGGUUAAGGACAAGCUGAUGCUGAAGCGGAAGGAAAUGACAAUACAAGAUCCUUCAGACAUAACUGAAGUUGCACCAUGCAUUUUGAAGAUGUCACCGACAGAUCAGCAGUUGAACAAGCUGGCGAGGAGGCUGGGACCUGAAUGGGAGCAUAUAGUUUUGUGCUUGGGUUUGUCCCAUACUGACAUCUAUCGAUGUAAAGUCAAUCACCCUCACAACCUGCAGUCUCAGAUCGUAGCUGCAUUUGUCCUGUGGAAACAGCGUUUGGGGAAAAAAGCGACAAUUCAAAGACUGCACGCCAGUCUGAUGGCAGAGGAAGUGGAUCCUUCGGUGAUACAGUACAUGCUUGAGUGAAGACAUGCUAUUUAUUCAGUGCUUCCACACAUUUCAUUAAAUUAAGUGAAGAGGAUGGAAAUGUAUGUUGAAGAUCGGAUGUCUCAAACUGUAAAAAAACUGAAGUUGGGAUCUGUGAUUUUAUUAAGCUUAAACAUUCCAGUUUUCUGUGACAUCUUAUGACUUGUAAUUCUUUUCAUGCCAGAUUAAUUUUUAGCAGACAUUAAAAAAUGGAUCACUC